CUCCAACAGACCAAGACCAAACUAACAAAUAGAAAAGACAACAGUAGGCCCAUUUGAGCCUGCACGCUGGCCCGAAUCACCAUUUGCAGAAUCUUUGUGGAGUACAGCAUAGAUUUAGAUCUCUUUGCAGGAAACAGAAGAUUCUUCAAUUUUACAAUUGCGAAUUGACUUGCAAAGGAAGAAAGAAAAGUGAAGAGAAUUGAAGAAAAGAUCAUCGUCAAGUUUAAUCAGAAAAUCUCAUCUCAAUUUACAAUUAAUUAGCCCUUGUUAAUGCUGAUUAAGCAUAACUCCUUUCAAUGAGGCCUAUGAAGAGAACAUCAUCAUCUCUAAAGAUCUCUUCUUUACCCCCUGAAUUAUGGAGGGAAAUCUUCGCCAGAUUACCCGCCAAAACCCUCUUAAGAUUCAGGUGUGUAUGUAAAUCAUGGUGUUCUGUAAUUGAUUCCCCUGAUUUCAUUUCUUUGCAUCUUAAACUUUGCCCUAUUAAUUCCUGCAAUAUUAAUCUGUUAAUUCUAGAAAGGCUAAUGAAAAGUGGUUCAAUUGCAUUGUUAUAUAAGAUUCGUCGUAGGGAUACAUUAAGAAAAACUACCCAGUUCAUGAUUAAUUCCAAAUUUGAUAUGGUUUAUGGAACUGAUAUGGUUAAUGGGUUGAUGUUGAUGGAGGAUAAUGGUUAUUUUGUUAGAGAUUUGAUGUUAUGGAACCCAUCUAUUAAGAAAUCUGUGUUAUUACCUAGUUGUCCUUUGUAUAUUUUACCUAAUCAAGGUGGGAUUUAUCUGGGGUUUGCAGCUUCCUGUUUUGAUCAUAAGGUUGUUGCUUUUCACUCUGUUGAUAUUGUAAUUGGCAAGCUUUCGAUCGCGGUUUAUUCACUGAAUGAUAAUCUUUGGAGUGUCGAAUUGGGCACGAUUACUGUCCCAAAUUGGUGUAUUCAAAGAAUAAUUUCUGGGUAUGGGGUUGUUUACUGUCAAGGGACUGUGUAUUGGAGACCUCUCAAUGGUACCGAGCAAGACGAUGCCGUUCUUCUUUGUUUUGAGUUUGAUGCUGAGAAAUUCAGCUUUGUGGAACUGCCUGAUAAUGGGGAUAAGAUGCUCAGGUUUUUAUUUGUCCUUGGUGAGUCGUUAGCUGUUUUUGGCAUCUCUCGAGAUAAAAGUUGCAUAUGGGUAAUGGAAACGAAUGUUGGAAAGGUUGGUUGGCAUCAAUGUUUUCAUGGAGAUUCCACCUUGGAUGCUUAUGAAUUCUUUGAGUAUUUUACCCAUUCAUCCACCAAGUUUCUAUAUGUUGAGAAAACUGGCACAUUCUUGCUACAUAGAGACAAUAAAUUGAUGUCUUAUAACAUUAUGAAUCAUAAUAUUACAACCCAUCAAAUUGAGCAUUUGGGAAAACAUGUUCAUUGUUUAUAUGUGGAUACUUGUGUGGAUAGCUUGGUUCUUAGUGGCAAUGCACAAAGAUCUCAGAGUUGACUUUAACCUCUCUCGCUUAAAUAGUGAUUGUACAGACUACAGAAUGGCUGAUUUUGAAGGAAGGCAGGAGAAUGUUUCUUGUGCUUGUGUCAUAGUUAUGUUUCGAUGCUCAUCAUAAAUGGCAAAGCAACUUGGACAUGCAAUUGAUUAUAUAUGAACGAUUUAAUGUUGUUCGAGCAAAAGAGGGAACAUAAAAACUAUACAAUUAUGUGAAGUACAAUGAUGUGAAGGAAGAUUAUGCAUCAAUAGGUGCCAUGAUAAGCAAUUUGUUUACAUUCUUUGAAAAGUGUGAUUGAAAGUAUUGUUUGGACACUAUAGUUAUGCCUUUAGUUUGUGAUUGUUCAUUUGAGGACAUCCUUAAGGUGAUGUAGGGAGUAUCCUUUGUAGCUUACUUACGUUAUCCACAUUUAUUUGAACUUAGAUGUUGUUAUGAAUCGAACAUGGGUAUAAUUUGUUGAGAUCUCUGUAAAAACAUUCAUGUUUGAGAAAUGCACUUGUAACCCUUGGACCCCCAUUACACACAUGUGUUUGAAUAUUCAUCAUCUUCUAUAAAGAAAUUGUAGAAGGCAAGAAGCUGUUUAUGUGGUUCAAUGAUGCUGCAUGGGGAACUAUGAAACCUGGCUCUAAAAGAAUAACUUAGUAGUUUGGAUUAUGAGUUUCAUUGUCUGCUACUGUAAUUGAGUUUGUAUACUUAUUCCCAAGGUUAUUAGGAUCGGGAUUCUACCAAGUAUCGUUGAGAGGGUAGGAUCGAAAUCGGGAGAAUGGAUCAUAGGAUCGAGUGAUCCUACAAAUACGCAUUAUUCAAUUAUAUUUGUUCUCUUUUUAAGUUUUUAAGGUGUAAGUAAAAACUUAUUUGACUGUGUCUAUUAAGUUCUGAAAAAAUAAUAAUUUUUAAUCAUUUUUAAACUGCAAAUCAUGAAAAACUUGAAUUUUAUAAAGGUAUUUAUAUAAUUAUUUUAAAUAUAUAUUUAUACGUAAGUGAAAUUUAUACCAUACAGGAUCAGAUCAUUAGAUCGUAAGAUCGUAGAAUCGUGUUAUGAUCCUACCACCUAAAUUUUUGAGCUAAGUAGGAUCGCACGAUUCUACCAUAUUAAGAUUCUACCUAUGAUCCGGAUCGGUCGCCCAUUUUUGGAUCGUAAGAUCGUAGAAUCAUUGAUCAGAAUCAGGAUUCUGAUAAUUAUGCUUAUUCCUCAAUGUAAGAUUUAGCUCUCUAAAUGCUCUAUGAUGUUAGACCUUCGAAUAUGGGUGUUUUCCGUAAAUUCGUAUAGAGAAGAGUGUAUCUUUGGACUUAUCCAUCUAUGGCUCGUUUGGUAAUCAGUAUUGAAUGGUGGGAAUAGUUUACAGACUUCUACAAAUUUCUAAUCAUUCCAAAAUUUAGUACAACAACCAAACGGGUCAUUAGAGUCAUGAAGCAUGGGAAGAAGAGUUUGAUUACCGUCCAAAUUCUACAGACUUCUAAUCACUACCAACUUGUCUUGGGUUGGUAAUACGUUAGUUUACAAAUUGACACUUCGGAUUUUAAAACACUCAUUUUUAAUCGUUUAGAAGUCACUUUAGAUCGGUCUCAUCAUUAUUCACUAUUAUACAAGAGUUGCUCCAAAAAAAUCUUUUAUUUUCACGAAGAUAAAAUUGCAUACAUAUGACCUAUUAAAACCCGUGUAGGUCAUGAGAGUUUGCAAUUGGGUGAUAAAUGCUUUUGUAGCCUUUAAUUUGACUCUGGCAUAAUUUCAUUAGACCAUGGUCCAUGAGUUCCCUUCCUUAAACUUCAAGCAAUUCCAUCAAAAAAAAUUUAUGUUCAUUUGUUAACUAUUUUUCUUUAUUAUUUGGCAUUGAUUUCUCUUUUAUAUCUUAUAACACAUGAGACAUUCUUCCUUGUGUUUUGCAGUGAUACAUGCAUAAUAGGAGAAAUCAAAGUCAUUGCUGAUACACUAGUAAUAAAGUCAUGGAGGUGAUGCCCCAUAAGGAGUUCAUUUCAAGGAAAGAAAGGUUUAUACUACGCCUUCAAACCUUUAAAGCUUUAGAAAGAUUGCAGUUAAGAGUUUACUCUUCGAGUUUUCUUAAAGCGGGAGCUUUACCCUUUUUCGAUAUGCUUUCUUUACGUAUAAAAAGAACAAGUAUUUCACAGUCAUUCGUAUAUCAAAUUUUACUUCAAAAAUUGAAA